ACUGCUGUGCUUCAGCAGGGAGGCCUUCCUAAUUCUAGCCAUAUUCUUCUUCUCUGGUGUUAGAAGAUAAGAAACGGCUAUUGGUGUGUUCUACAUAUCUGUGGUGCACAGAUUUACACAUCUGUGUAAAACCGGGGUAUUCCAACUGGAUCUUCAACAUGUAGGCCUAUUUAUAUGCUGAGUAUAUCUGAACCCUUUGCAAAAAGAGUCUGUUGCGCCACAUGUUGGCCAUAUGGAGAAAUGCUUUUAACAAUAACCUAAUUUAUACACUCUGGACACAGUACUCAGCACAGGAAGGAGUUUUAACUAAAGGAAUGUGAGGUACUGGCUUAAACUUUCUGAUGACUUGGUGAUCUAUGACAUGUUGUGCUAAUCAGUCACGCAAUUUACCACCAGCAUCAGAGCUGCUGUGUGGAUCUAAAACAACAACAACGCACUUAUAUCAUGUUCCAAUAAAGAGCAGCAACAAGUCACUGUGGAUACAUGUUUUAUCCCCUUUUUAUAGGAGAGCUGCGAGCUGAUGGGGCAUUUCUCACAAAGCGUGACUCAGCGUGGUCAGACCCAUUAAGACAACAGUAACAUCAGCUGACGCACACAAAAGAUCAAGUGCCCGUGUCCGCUUCUCUGCACACCGUCAGUCAUGGCUCUUCUCUCCGUCCUUACGCCUGUUCUCGCGGUGGUCCUGUGCUUGCUGAUAGGCUUCAUGCUGGUAAAAUCACGGGAACCGGGUACCACCACCUCGCCCUCGGUGGGCGAAACUAAAGCGGGGUCAAAAGCGGAAUUUAGACCGUGGGUGGACCAGGAUUUACAGGACAAUACCGAAAUCACAGCGAAUGAAAAAGAGAAUAGAGACUGGGUGGAGAGCAAUGAUGAGGACCUUCCACAUGUGCCCUACUCACCACUGCGUUACCCUGUGGAGACGGUGCUGAAGAGAUCCCAGGACUUUUACACUCUGAUGAACCAGCGGAGGUCUGUCCGGUUCAUCAGCCCAGAACCAGUUCCACAAGAAGUCAUUGAUAACAUCAUCCAUACUGCAGGUACAGCCCCUAGUGGAGCACACACAGAGCCCUGGACGUUUGUCGUGGUGUCAGACCCAGAGAUGAAGCACAGGAUCAGACUGAUAGUGGAGGAAGAGGAGAAGGUGAACUACCAUCAGAGGAUGGGAGAGAAGUGGGUCCAUGAUUUGGCUAAAUUAAGGACAAACUGGAUCAAGGAAUACUUGGAUGUUGCUCCAUACCUGGUCCUCAUCUUUAAACAGACCUACGGGAUUCUACCAAAUGGCAAGAAAAAGACACACUACUACAAUGAAAUCAGCGUCUCCAUAUCCUGUGGAAUCCUGCUGGCUGCAUUACAGAAUGCAGGUCUUGUCACUGUCACGACGACACCCCUCAACUGCGGCCCUCAGCUCAGGCUGCUCCUCAAACGGCCAGCCAAUGAGAAGCUGCUGAUGCUGCUACCUGUAGGUUACCCUGCUUCUGAUGCUAUUGUGCCUGACUUGAAACGCAAGGCUCUGGGUGAUAUUAUGGUGCACAUAUGACAGAAUCUCAAAUGGAUUUUCUAAAAAUAUGAUAUUAUAUAUAGCCUCUCUCUGAACAUUUCACUUACUUAGCUAGGGUGGUUUAAAAUUUUAACACAUGGAAAAAAAAAACUAAUCUUCAUAUACUUGCAUAUGUUAUACAGCAAUGACCUUGGUGUCUGACAGAGCCCACAUUUAAAUUGUGAUUCCCACAUUCAUCCAGCAGAUGGCACACUCACUCAAAGCAAAAUCUGUUUAGUCUGAAGCUGUUAAGUUUUUUUUACUAUUAAAAUUCAACUGGAAUCCAGUUAAGUUCAGGGUCACACCCACCUGUAAUGAUGACAAGCUCAAGAAUCUUAUGGGAAUAUCAGUACAUGGGUGUGUAAGGUGAAUGCCUUACACUUGUCAUCCAUUCAUGGUCCAAGUGGAAAUGCAGGUGGCACAACUUCUGAGCAACUGAACUACAGUACCACGCCUGGGAGUUCUCAACAUUUCAUUUGAUUUGAUUAGAUUAAAAAUAUUUCAUGCACUGUGACAAGAGCCCAAAAAAGUGAGAACAGGCAGGGUACACCCUGAAACCUUAAGGUGGAAUACUGACUUUCCAAAUGAACAGUAAGAGAAACAUGAAAAACACCUUCAUUUAUUUGACCAGCUAUGAAACAGAAAGUGAGACAUGGUGGAAAGAAAACCCAUUAAACAUUAGUGUCUCUAAGUAGAAAAGAAGCUGCGGUGUGUACACAAUGUGACAG